AUGGAAGCGCUCCUCAGCAGACUGAGGGAGGAGGUGACCCGGAAAGGAGAAGGAUGGCUGCGGCGGAUCCUACAGCAGCCGGAGCCCGAGACAUCUGAGGAGCGGAGUUUGCGGCCCCGCCGCGCCAGGCCCCCAGACCGGCUCAGUCCCUCACCAGCGCCAGCGACGGGAGGCCGCAGGCGCAGCGCCAGUCCGGGCCCUUCCCAUCCGGCGCCUGGGAGCGCCACAGUGCACGGCAGGCAACCAGGUAGUGGGCCCCCCGAACCCCCUAUAGCGCCAACGGAGGCGGCGGGCGACACACGGGGACUGGGCAGGAAGAGGCGGGCCACUUCCGGUUCAGCCGGGGGAACCCCACGCGGUGGGAGACAGCGGGCCCAGAAGGCCACAACACCAGGGGCAGUGAAAGGGCAGCAAAAAGGCGCAGCCAGCAGAGGCAGGAGGGCAAGCAGGCGAGCUUCCACCAGCCACCCCCCCCCGGAAGGCGAGGUGUGGAGGCAGGCACCCAUAGUGCAGAGCACCCGACAGGACAGGCAGCAGGGGCGGGCAGGGGGGGAUACCUCCCCUGCUCAGGCAGUUAGUAGGGGGCAGCGGCGCUCCUCACGGAGCAGGCAACCAUCGCCCGAUCCCCAGAGCCCAGAGGAAUCCCCCUCAGACGGUAGCAGCAGCCCCUCUGGGAGAGAGGAAGCAGAUGAGGGGACAAGCAUGCACCAGAGGGUAGGAGGGAACCGCGCACGGCAUAGGCAGUACCCAGCGGCGCCAGGCCAGUCGGCCAGCGCCAGGAGCAUACCCCUCACUCAGCCGGCAUCCCAGGCACAGCGGGAGCUGGGCGAGGAGGGCGGACAACGCGGGAGCAAUGGGACAGACGGCACAGGCGACACCCAGGCAUCUGGGUCUUCAGGUAUACUUUUUCCCUCUGACCUCAGCCAAUCACCUAUUGUACCACUCACACAGCCAAUUUCUACGCCGCAGGCGGGCACAGAAGGUACGUUAGGGCAAUUCUUGUCGGAAAUGAGGCAGCUUAUGUCGCAGCUUAGCCAAAAGCAGCCAUUGGAUCACACACAAGGGGGGGGAGAGGGUACACAAGGGCCACAAAGGGGGGAAGUUGCCCCGGGAGCAGCCCAGUCCCAAACCUAA